AUGCCACGUCUUUUUUCCCACGAAAUUUAUUUUCACCCUCCCCCGGUUACGUUCGACAUCGAUGCCAAUGGUAUCCCAGUAGAAAAAUCGAGCAAGACGAACAAAAUAAUGAUUACCAAUGACAAGGAACGCCUCAGUAGAGACGACAUCGAGCGAAUGGUGAACGAAGCGGAAAGAUAUCACACCGAGGACGAGAAACAAAGGGAAAGAGUCACGACUAAGAACAACCACGAGUCAUAUUACUUUAACAUGAAAUGUACGGUCGAGGAGCAGAAGGUCAAGGAGAAGAUAUUGGAAACUGACUGA